AAUCAUAUUCUAGAUUUGGCCAUGGAUUCUACGAAUCUUUAUAAUCAUCAUCAACUUCAACAGCUUGCUGGAUAUCCCUUUUUCAGUUCUGGAGUUUCAACUAUACAUGAUUGGAACUCGAGCAUCACCUCGGAAGAAGAAUAUUACUACAAGCUAGGACACAUGAAAAGGAUCCAGUCAGAAGAGCUCAUGUGGAAAAGAGGCAUCGAUACAUCUCCAUUAAUGAACACCUCAAUGUUCCACCACGACGGACAUCAUGAAUCAUCCAACGAUCAGCUGGAUGAUAAAAAUAACAAGGCCAGUGGCUACAUAAUAUCCAAUGAUUAUUUCCUCAAAAUGAAAGAUAUGAAUGGUUUGAUCAGUAACAACAUGUUCAAAGAAAGUUACUUUGAAAACGAACAACAACAUGCUUUUGAUCUGAACGAGAAUCUUCUGUCCGAAGAUUCGUUCAUGAACAAUGCUAAUAAAACUAGCAUUGCUUUUUCCGGUUUAGGUGCAAAUUUCUCAACUACUCAUAAUAUGGAAAAUUCAGAUUUCCAGGGAUUGAAGUUAGCAUUUAAUGGACUAACUUUCAAGAACAAUAUGAGUGGCCAUGAUAGUAAUACUAAUUGCUUCUCUACAGACAGGAUGUCUUCGGGUUUUCUACAACAAUUAGCCCAUACUCCAUCAUCCAACAAAAUCACAUCAAAUGUUAGGAAGAACAAUAUUGGAGUCUCUUCAAAAGCAAAGAGAUGUAAUUAUUCUGCUGAAGAUGAAGCUACUCCAUGUCAAGAAGCAUCAAAGAAGCCUCGAGUUACAUCGCAAUCUCCAAGCACAUUAAUGCUUAAGGUUAGAAAGGAAAAACUAGGAGACAGGAUUUCAGCUCUACACAGAUUAGUGGCACCUUUCGGCAAGACUGAUACUGCAUCAGUAUUAACAGAAGCCAUUGGCUAUAUUCAGUUCCUUCAGGACCAAAUACUUACAUUGAGCAUGCCUUAUACGAAAUCAACUGAAAGGAAGCUCCAUCACAUAAAUCUAAAGGAUUCGAGCAUACAGGCAGUGCUAGAUCUAGAGAGUAGAGGAUUAUGUCUUGUGCCAACAUCUUUUUCUUCUUACAUCUCUCCGUCCUGUGAUUGAGAAACGUUGGACAACUACUCC